AGCGGAAGAGGAAGGAACGGGCCAGGCUGUGAGGUGGCAGCGGCUGCAGCGGCGGAGCCGGCGCCUCGGGCCCUGGGGUCUGUUCCCCCUUCCCCGCCCUACCCCUGCAAGGGGCGUCGGGGGCACCGCUCCGGAGGACAGGAGCACGUCCCAGCCCCACGCCUUCACCCCGACUCCCCGGGACCCGGCUGGCCGCGGCCGCCAUACCCCGGCCGCUCGUUAUCCGCACGCCGCCGCCCCUGGCCCGGCUGCAGGGGACUCCCCCUGUGGGCCUCGCGGUGUCCCUCGUUGUCCUUCGCCCACUGGCGCAGGCAGGGCUUUUGCCCCCGCUGACGGGCCUGAGAACGGAGUCUUUGCCCUCCUCUCCCCGCCGCGACCUCCAUUCCCGUCGCCAGAACGAACGGGGUCUCCCUGCCCCUCCUGUACAGCCCCGUGACGCAGCCAGUUUUAUUUCUGUUGUGAGACUAGCGGCUAACACUCGCUUUGGGCCUUCUUUCUAGCACUAGAGUUGCUCUUGAUUGCUGAGAGGUAGACAGGGGCGCCGGGCAUCCGUGUGCCUUCUCAGGAUCCCUGCGUUGUCGCUAGCUGCUUCUCUUCUCGGUUUGGUUUGGUUCGGUUUGGGUACCCGGGGCUCUGGUAAAACCAAACACCGAAUCGCUCUUACGCGGCCGGGGUUACUGUCAGGUAGCACCAGCCUCUCAGCAGCGGUGAUUCAGAGAAGAACGCCCUGCACAGUGGCUCCAUCAGCCAUUGUGCUCCUCUGAGAGGCUCUUCGUGUUGAGUCACCAUAUCCUCCGUCCACCUCAUUAGGUGGGCAGAACUUCUGUGCGCGGUGCCAGUGGCUCCUGACCACUCCUGACUGCCGGGAGGGGUGGGUACCCUAGCCAGAUGUCUCCUUAACACUCGGGAAUAGAGUGGAAAGGCCCUGACCCCAUCCCGGCGCUGGCCUUCAGCAGCCAGUCGGCAGCCCCUGCAGUAAACUGAGACGUGCCCCCGCCAGGCGCUUCUUGGGAAAGGCCUGUGGAGUUAGGUUCCUCUCGCCGGGGGUUGUUGUGUUGAUGGAGCAUGUGCUUUUCCCCAAGCCCAUCUUUAUCAGUUGCUGCCAUCUCUUGGCUUAGAUCCAGUCUUCAGAUGUAUGUAGUCCUUUUGGGGUUAGGUUUGACAGGAUUGAGUUUUAUUUCCUCUCGCUUUUACUGGAAGCCUCACCAUUAGUGGGUGAAAUUGAUUCGAAUAUUUACUAUUUGGAUUGAGGGUUAGAUCCAGCACCUUGACAACGGAAGGCCAGGCAGACAUUUCCCGGGGAUACUGGGCCUGGAAGCAAACACGCCUUGUUCUCUUGUUGACCUCAUUGACCCCAGGUUCCCUUGUUAAAACUGCAGACCUACUCCCGGCCAGGUGCCCAUUUACCCACUGAUCGAUCCUUGAGGCCGUGCCCUCUGGGGCACACACAUGGCAGGGCCCACCGCCAUGCGACUGAGCUCAGUGUUGGCUCUGCUGCAACCAGCACUGCCCCUCAUCCUAGGGCUGUCUCUGGGGUGCAGCCUGAGCCUCUUGCGGGUUUCCUGGAUCCAGGGUGAGGGAGAAGAUCCCUGUGUAGUGGCUGUGGGGGAACCAGGAGGGCCACAGAAUCUAGACUCAGGAACUCAGCUUGACCAAAGUGAUGAAGACUUCAAACCCCGGAUUGUCCCCUACUACAGGGAUCCCAACAAGCCCUACAAGAAGGUGCUCAGGACUCGGUACAUCCAGACAGAGCUGGGCUCUCGCGAGCGGUUGCUGGUGGCUGUCCUGACCUCCCGGGCCACACUGUCCACUCUGGCUGUGGCUGUGAACCGCACGGUGGCUCACCACUUCCCUCGGUUACUCUACUUCACUGGGCAGCGAGGGGCCCGGACUCCGGCAGGGAUGCAGGUGGUAUCUCACGGGGACGAACGGCCAGCCUGGCUCAUGUCCGAGACCCUGCGCCAUCUUCACACACACUUUGGGGCCGACUACGACUGGUUCUUCGUCAUGCAGGAUGACACGUAUGUGCAGGCCCCCCGCCUGGCAGCCCUGGCUGGCCACCUCAGUAUCAACCAAGACCUGUACCUGGGCCGGACGGAGGAGUUCAUUGGCGCAGGCGAGCAGGCCCGAUACUGCCACGGGGGCUUUGGCUACCUGUUGUCACGGAGCCUCCUGCUUCGAUUGUGGCCACAUCUGGAUGGCUGCCGAGGAGACAUCCUCAGUGCCCGUCCUGAUGAGUGGCUUGGCCGCUGCCUCAUUGACUCUCUGGGCAUCGGCUGUGUCUCACAGCACCAGGGGCAGCAGUAUCGCUCGUUUGAACUGGCCAAAAAUAGGGACCCCGAGAAGGAGGGGAGCUCGGCUUUCCUGAGUGCUUUUGCGGUGCACCCUGUCUCCGAGGGAACCCUCAUGUACCGGCUCCACAAGCGCUUCAGUGCUCUGGAGCUGGAACGAACGUACAGUGAAAUAGAACAGCUGCAGGCUCAGAUCCGGAACCUGACCGUGCUGACCCCUGAGGGGGAGGCAGGCCUGAGCUGGCCCAUUGGGCUCCCGGCCCCUUUUACACCACACUCUCGGUUUGAGGUGCUGGGCUGGGACUACUUCACAGAGCAGCACACCUUCUCCUGUGCAGACGGGGCCCCCAAGUGCCCACUGCAAGGGGCUAGCAGGGCAGAUGUGGGCGACGCCGUGGAGACUGCUUUGGAGCAGCUGAAUCGGCGCUAUCAGCCCCGCCUGCGCUUCCAGAAGCAGCGGCUUCUCAACGGCUACCGGCGCUUUGACCCAGCGCGGGGCAUGGAGUACACCCUGGACCUGCUGCUGGAAGCCGUGACGCAGCGCGGGCACCGGCGGGCCCUGGCCCGCAGGGUCAGCCUGCUGCGGCCCCUGAGCCGGGUGGAGAUCCUCCCCAUGCCCUACGUCACCGAGGCCACCCGCGUGCAGCUGGUGCUGCCGCUGCUGGUGGCUGAAGCCGCCGCGGCCCCUGCGUUCCUGGAGGCCUUUGCAGCCGGUGUCCUGGAGCCGCGAGAGCAUGCCCUACUCACCCUGCUGCUGGUCUAUGGGCCGCGGGAAGGGGGCCGAGGGGCCCCGGACCCGUUUCUUGGGGUGAAGGCUGCAGCGGCUGAGUUGGAACGACGGUACCCUGGGACGAGGCUGGCCUGGCUCGCUGUGCGCGCGGAGGCCCCUUCCCAGGUGCGGCUCCUGGACGUGGUCUCUAAGAAGCACCCCGUGGACACGCUCUUCUUCCUCGCCACCGUGUGGACCAGGCCCGGGCCCGAGGUCCUCAACCGCUGCCGCAUGAACGCCAUCUCCGGCUGGCAGGCCUUCUUCCCGGUCCACUUCCAGGAGUUCAGCCCCGCCCUGGCACCACAGAGAUCUCCCCAAGGGCCCCCGGGGGCCGGCCCCGACCCCCCGUCCCCUCCUGGUGCUGAGCCUGCCCGGGGGGCUCCCCUUGGGGGCAGGUUUGACCGACAGGCUUCCGCAGAGGGCUGCUUCUACAACGCUGACUACCUGGCGGCCCGAGCCCGGCUGGCUGGUGAGCUGGCGGGCCAGGAAGAGGAGGAAGCCCUGGAGGGGCUGGAGGUGAUGGAUGUUUUCCUCCGGUUCUCAGGGCUCCACCUUUUCCGGGCCGUGGAGCCAGGGCUGGUGCAGAAGUUCUCCGUGCGUGACUGCAGCCCUCGGCUCAGCGAGGAGCUCUACCACCGCUGCCGCCUGAGUACCCUGGAGGGGCUGGGGGCCCGCGCGCAGCUCGCUGUGGCUCUGUUCGAGCAGGAGCAGGCCAAUAGCACGUAGCGUGGCCCGGGGCCCCGCGCCCCCACUUAGGGCCCUUCGGCCUUGGCCCCGGCAAGGCGGGGCAACACGGAUGGACAGGUGGAGGGCUUGUUGCUGUAUUUCCGAAUAAGAAAAUGUCAUUAAAAGUGUCUUCUGCCGAACUGUUUCUAGGUCUAGGGAAAAUGGAGUAAGAAGACUCUGAGGGAGGGGGUGGGGAGUUUCCCAGAGGGACCCACUGCCCUCCCCUGCCUCCUCCCUCCCCAGUUACCAAUGACCACACAGCUGUUAUCAGGUGAACACCUUUAAUCCAGUCCCUGCCUCACCCGAGAGAGGCGAGAGAGGUGAGGCGAGGCGUCUGUCCGAGUGAUGGCAGAGCCCUAGGGCACAGGGCAGGGCCUGAGGCCCGCAUUGGUGUUUGGUGCUCGCACAAGGCUCCUAGGUGUUGCGCACAACCAGGGACUGCUCCAGCUCCUGCCUGCGCUGCUGGAUCUGUAGCGGAGUGAGAGCAGGAGCAGGUUACCUGCUGCUGGUGAGUGACAGGACCCCACCCGCCCUGGAGGGGCAUCCGGGAGCGGUGGCGGAGGCCUGCGGGGGGCCCUUCACACCUUGCAGUAGAAGUAGCGGCUGACGGCUUCCUGGGACCAGGGCUGGUGGUAGAACUCAGCCCGGCGCUCCUCCUCAGGGUUGCCUGCCACAUCUGUCAUCACCUGGGAGGGAGCAGUGGGAUCAGCCCUGAGCCCGGACCCCCUCCAGCCCCUGUGAACAACGUUUACUGUCUUCCCGAUGUGCUUGUCUUCCAUCCAGUGCUCCCUGAGUCCCCUUCACCUUGAGGUCCCGGCUCUGGGAGCGGAGGAGGUCUUGGAUGUAGCCUUUGGGGUCUCUGGAGAAGCUUAGCAUGAAGUCCCUCUGGAUCUUGAGCUGGUUUAUGGACUCAAUCGUCUCAUGGAUCUACAGCUCUGGGCUCUGGCCCCACCUUACUGUCCAGGGCGCUGAUCUCCUGCUGGUUGGCUGUGGACAGGAGGAAGCUGCUCAUCUGUCCCUUCAGUGGCUCCUCUACCUCCACAUCAAUGUCAUAGCACGCCGUCUUCUUCUGGUCUGAUGGGUCCACGCUGCCAGGGGAGUCCAACCCUUGGCGUCCAUGCCGCCCCCACAGAGGCCAAGGGCGCUGGGGCCCGAAGCAGAGGGGAUGGGCGGUGUGUGUGGGGGGGGAGGCAGAAGGAGGGGCAGGGAGGGCAGGACCACCACAGAGAUUCCCUGUUCUGAGGAGCAGCCGGGGGCCUCACCUGAUGACGUGGUUGAUGACAAUUGGGUCAGGGGGCAAUAGCAGAGCUGUGAGGCGCUGGGGAAUCUCAGAAAACUUCAGCCGGGGACAAUCAAAAAUCUGAAGUGGGAGAGAGAGAUCGCUCUUCUGUGCUUGAAAGAGCAUAGUUUCCAUUCUGAAAAGGCCACGAGAAGCCAGUGCUCAUGGGGCUGGGGCCAGGUGGGCUGUGACCAGAGGACCGCUGACGGGGAGGGGUGUGCAGCGCGUGGGUGAGAGCACAGGCCCUGGGUCGGCCGGCCCGGGUGUAAGUCCUGCUUCCACCGCUCACUGUGCAACCCUGAGCAACUUACUUAACAUCUCCUCCUGAGUUUCUUCAUCUCUGGAAAGGGGAUGGUAAUGGUAUCUAUCUCAAGGGGUUGUUAGAAUUAAAUGAGUCCGUUACACAUGAAGUGCUUGGAACGUGCUCGGCAUGUGGUUAAGUACUCAAUAAAUAUCAACUGUUAUUUUUA